GUAGCCGUGCGUGUUUGGAGGCAUGGGGGCGCGGGAGCAUAAUAACUAUUGGGCGGCGAGGCUGAGAAAGCACGGCAGAGCUCAGGACAAAGCGGUUGUGUUCGUGCAGCAAAGCGAAUAUUGCCUUAGUUAAGGUUUAUUACCGAUUAAAAACGAGUGUUUUCGUUAAGCGUUUAAGGACUGAGAGCUGUGUUCGUGUGGGAAGCAGUGGAUCAAGCCUGUGGAUGAAGGGAGAACGCAUGGUGGAAAGAAGAAGGAGCACAGCUGUGGACAGAUCCUGAAGACGGAGAGCCUGGGCUUUCAGAUGCUGAUUUCUUGCUCAGUCUCUUUCUCACGCUCUGUUCUCAUCCAUCUGGCUGCAUGAUUGUGGCCAAGACUGUUUCAUAAGCAGGAGCCUUGGUGCAUCAUGUUUUGCUGCCUCCACCAUUUCCAGAGUUAACAGUUUUUGUUCAUUUUUUCUACAAAUAAAUUUCUUACAAAUUAACUGUUGAUAUUUGGACGUUGUAAGACUCUUUGUCCACUUGCUUCUGAGCCUUAAAAGGACCCUUUGUGUUACCCAUACAUUUAUUAUAUUCCAUAUUCAUGAAAUGGACUCAUGAAGCAUAUUCAAAACAAAAUGAUUCACCUCUGCAGUACAUGCAAUCCAACCUAGUUCAGAUCCAGAUCAGCUCUUAUUUAGUAUCUUCUCAAGGUAUAGGUGAGCUUCAUCACCUAGGCAGCUGGUUAUUCUGGUCAUAUUAUGAGUGAUGACAACUCGGACUCCGCUCCCAGCAAUGGCACUCGGGGAGGAGUGGGCAGGGCAGAAGAGGAUGAGGAGGCGGGACAACAGAACAGUUCACUUGGAAUGAGCAGUGUCUGCCCCUCAUCCCAACCAAGCAAUGGCAGGACAGGAUCGUCGCCAGGGGCCGACUCAGGACCCACAGGUUCGUCAGGGGACAACCGGGGGCCACAUUCAGACGAUAUGGAUGCACUGUCCAGCGGCAACGACUCUGGAGAGAGGGAGAGCGAAGGAGGGCUGGAGAGGGAGAACGGUUCCAGAGGAAGACAAUCUAUGAGGAGUUAUCAAAGCUCCUCCAGUCAAAAUGGCAAAGACUCGGGAAUGAUGCUGGAGACCACAGAGAGCAACAAGAGUUCAAACUCGCACAGCCCCUCACCCCCGAGCAGCUCUCUGGCGUACAGUCUACUGAGCGCUAGCUCAGAGCAGGACCACCCCUCAACCAGCGGCUGCAGCAGUAAUCAGUCAGCUCGAGUGCAGACACAGAAAGAACUGAUGCGGGCGCUAAAGGAACUCAAGAUCCGCCUGCCUGCAGAAAGAAAGACCAAGGGCCGAUCCAGUACACUCAACGCCCUCAAAUACGCCCUCAGCUGCGUCAAGCAAGUCCGAGCCAAUCAGGAAUAUUAUCACCAGUGGAAUGUGGAAGAGUGCCAUGGCUGCAGUUUAGAUCUCUCCACCUUUACCAUCGAGGAACUUGAUAACAUCACCUCUGAGUACACGCUGAAAAACACAGACACGUUCUCCAUGGCCGUGUCAUUCUUGUCGGGAAAGGUGGUGUACAUCUCUCCCCAGGGUUCAUCUUUGUUACGCAGCAAACCAGAGAAGCUGCAGGGGACUGUGUUUUCAGAGCUACUCGCCCCUCAGGACGUCAGCACUUUCUACAGCAGCACUGCCCCCUGUAGAUUACCAUCGUGGGCUUCCUGCAUUGGCUCGGCCCCUCCAGUGGACUGUACUCAGGAGAAGUCCAUGUUCUGUAGGAUCAGUGGAGAUAGCUCAACAAGUGGACAUAUGAGGUAUUACCCAUUCAGACUGACUCCCUACCUGCUUACUCUGCGAGAUUCAGACACAGCAGAUGCACAGCCCUGCUGUCUGCUCAUCGCAGAGAGAGUUCACUCGGGAUAUGAAGCUCCUCGUAUUCCUCCAGAUAAGCGGAUCUUCACCACCAGUCAUACUCCCAGCUGCCUGUUCCAGGAGGUGGAUGAGCGGGCAGUGCCACUUCUAGGCUAUCUGCCUCAGGACCUGGUGGGAACUCCAGUCUUGCUCUAUCUCCACCCUGAGGACAGACCCAUAAUGGUGGCCAUCCACAAGAAAAUUCUUCAGUUUGCAGGGCAGCCCUUUGACCACUCUCCGUUGCGGAUGUGCGCCCGCAGUGGAGAGUAUCUGACCAUAGACACUUCUUGGUCCUCCUUCGUCAACCCAUGGAGUAGAAAGGUUGCUUUCAUUGUGGGACGCCACAAAGUCCGAACUUCUCCACUGAAUGAGGAUGUGUUCACUCUGCCGCGAGACCUGGAGGAGCGCACUCUGGCUCCAGACAUCAUUCAGCUAAGCGAGCAGAUCCACCGGCUACUGGUGCAGCCUGUUCACAGCGGCAGCUCCCAGGGAUACAGCAGCCUGACCAGCAACGGCUCUCAUGAACAUCAGCCCAGCGCAGCUUCUUCGUCUGAAAGCAAUGGCACUGCUCUGGAGGACCCGGCUCAGCUCCACAAACCGAUGACCUUCCAGCAGAUCUGUAAGGACGUUCAUAUGGUGAAGACCAGUGGCCAACAAGUGUUUAUCGAGUCCCGCAACCGGCCUCCUCCCAGGAAACACACUGCUACAGGUUCUUUACGGGCAAUAGGGAACGCUGGACCAGGUGUUGCUCCUCCUUCUAAGAAUACAGUGCCCUCCCAGCUUGUGAGAAAGGACUUAUCACCUACAUACUCUUACCAGCAAAUCAACAGCCUGGAUAGCAUUAUACGGUAUCUGGAGAGCUGUAACGUUCCUAACACAGUAAAGAGGAAGUGCGGCUCAUCUUCCUGCACAGCCUCCUCUACGUCUGAUGAUGACAAGCAGCAGGACGCUCCUGGCAAUGCUAAAGGUCCAUCAGUGGCUCUGGUUGGUGAGAGUACAGCAUUGCCUGGUCUUACAUUGCACAGUAAAGCGGAAAGUGUAGCAUCAGUCACUUCCCAGUGCAGUUUUAGCAGCACCAUCGUCCAUGUGGGAGACAAGAAGCCCCCUGAGUCAGACAUAGUAAUGGAGGAAGCUCCUAUGACUCCUGUUCCUGCUCGUCCGGUUCCUCAGCCCCCUGCUCCACCUCCCAUCACUGCUGUCCCAUCUCUGCCUCCACCCCCAACUCCACAGAGUCCUGCACCUACAGCUGAGAAGGAUGGAGGCAGGAGGGGUGCAGGGGGAGCUGGGGGAAGGCUGGGACUGACGAAGGAGGUGCUUUCAGCACACACUCAGCAGGAGGAGCAGAACUUCUUGUGUCGAUUUAAAGACCUGAGUCAGCUUCGAGUCUUCGACCCGCCUUCAGCGCUCAAGCGGCAUACUACCGCACCGUUUACUAAAGGUGUGCGCUGUUCCCGUGAUUACCCUGCAAUAGGAAGCACUGGUCGAAGGCGUGGUAGAGGCGGCAAGAGACUGAAACACCAAGAGACCUCAGAGCAGGGAAGCUCUUUAGGUCUUGCAGGUCCAUCCAGAGGCCUCUCUACUGGAGCUCCUGCACACGAAGGAGUCCCGAACCCCUCUUUCCCCCUGGGCCCACCAACCACCUCAUCCUCCUGGCCUCCUUCAGUGGGCUCCCAGAACAGCCUCCCCUCUGUGCCCUACCCACCAGGCAUGCUCCCCCUGUACCCUCUUUACCCACCCCUCUCUCAGCCAGUCGCAGACCCAUCCAUGCAGCCUGGCCUUCGCUUCCCCAUUCAGACUCCACAGAUUGCACCUCCAAUGGUUCCCCCCAUGAUGGCACUGGUACUGCCCAACUAUAUGUUCCCACAAAUGGGCACUUCCUUAGCCCAGCCUGGCCCCACACCCAUGCCCCAGCCCUUCUACAACCCAAACCUGGCAUUUCCAUAUCCAGCAGCCAGCGCCACCCUCCCUCCAGCUGUCCCUCAAACAGCCAUGCCAGCCCCACCAAACCAAUCCCGCUGCAGCAGCCCCCAGUCCUGCAGCCAGAGAGAGGGAGGGGCUGAUAGAGAAGGGGCAGAGUCACCCCUCUUCCAGUCCAGAUGCUCCUCCCCUCUCAAUUUGCUGCAGCUGGAGGAAUCACCCACCAAUCGAUUAGAGGUCGCUUCAGCUCUGGCCUCAGGACAGCAGCCUACGACUCCUGCGGGAGGACAAGGUGGCGGGACUGGAGCCCAGGCCUCAACCAAUCAGAGAGGUCCAGCAGAAGACGGCAAAGAGAAUGAACAUGGGGAAGCCAAUGAGUCAAACCAGGAUGCCAUGUCCACUUCCAGCGACCUGCUGGACCUUCUGCUGCAGGAGGACUCUCGCUCUGGCACCGGCUCAGCUGCUUCAGGCUCUGGCUCCUCUGGAACCAGGUCCUCGGGCUCUGGCUCAGGCUCAUCCGGAUCUGGCUCCAAUGGGUGCAGCUCAUCUGGGAGUGGAACUAGAAGCAGUCAGAGCAGCCACACCAGCAAGUACUUCGGCAGCAUAGACUCAUCAGAGAAUGACCACUCUCGGAAGCAGACAGCAGGGGGCGAUGGAGAGGCACAGUUUAUCAAGUGUGUUCUGCAGGACCCCAUCUGGCUGCUCAUGGCUGACACAGAUGAAAAGGUCAUGAUGACCUAUCAGCUACCGAUCAGAGAUCGAGAGACUGUGCUGCAUGAGGACCGAAUAGCUUUGAGGGCCAUGCAGAAGCACCAGCCCCGUUUUACUGAUGAGCAGAAGCGGGAGCUGAGCCAGGUGCACCCCUGGAUCCGCACAGGACGGCUGCCACGUGCCAUAAACAUAUCUACAUGUACGGGCUGCAAGUCUCCUCCUUCAGUUCCACCCACCGCCCCCUUCGAUGUGGAGAUCCAUGAGAUGGAGCUGUGCAGUGUGCUGGAGGUGACGGAUGAGGGCACCAUGGCUGAUAAACACACCCAGCCCGACACAGCCAUGGAGGAGGGAGAGGCGGUGGAGGCGGGGCAGUGGAGAGAGGAAGAAGAGAACGAGAGAGAGACGGUGGGAAUGACGACACAAAUCAGCGACCAAGAAAUGACAGCAGAGGAUCAGGACAUUACCUCACAAAUGAGGGAGGAGAAAGUGGGCAGUGUGACUGAAAUGAGCCACUGAGCUGAUGUUACUGAGCAGCCACUGGUGGUGGAGGAACAAAAAAGGCCUCCAGACUCUCACUCACUGAAGAUAUCAGCAGGUGCUGCUGGGGACAGACGGUACUUUUUUGGAAAGCACACUUCAAAUCAAAUGUUGACGUUCAACAGACUUUUACAAUGAUGAACAGUCGUGGUUGGCGGUCUGAUUGAUUUGUAUACUGUGCUUUUAAACUACAGGACUACAGCCUCCAAGGCCAAGCCUGCUGACUGACCUUUUGGGUUAUCAUCCCAAAGCUCAUUAGGUUGGGGGAAAGAAACAGAACUAAAUCCCUACCGUAUGUUCUGAGUGUUACCAGUGAUGUGGUGGAGGAUGGCAUUAUGUCAUAUGUGUCAUAUGCUCAUAAACUAAAGUGAAGCUUAUGCUUACGUUUUAUAUUAUAGUACAAAUAUUUAUUUGUAAAGCUGAAUGCAGAUCAGAAGUGAUUGAAAGCCGCAGAAGCUGACAGACGAUGAAUGUGAAAAUCAAAAAAGGCCACUUUAUUGUAAAACUCUAAAACUGUGACAUCAAUGCUCCAAACGCUGCCAUGGGUCACGUUUCCCCCAAUGAAUUUAUGACCUAUUGGACAGUCUGGGUUGCUAGGGAAAGAGGGGUGAUCAACUUUAUACUUCUGCGUCAAAUCUAGGCAGAUUCUAUUUUGUAAAGUAGACUGGGAGCGUAUCCUACGCUGUUGUAAGCAUUUAUACAGCUUUGAAGAAAAUUUAAGAGACCAGUUUCUCUGAUUUUGCUAUUUAUAGGUAUAAUUUAGAGGAAAAUCAACAUUGUUGUUUUAUUCUAUGAACUACGGAUACCAUUUCUCCCAAAUUAAAAAUAAAAUUGUCAUUUCGAGCAUUUAUUUGCAGAAAAUGAGAAAUGGCUGAAAUAACAAAAAAGAUGCAGAGCUUUCGGAUCUCAAAUAAUAAUGCAAAGAAAACAAGUUCGUAUUCAUGUUUUAAGGGUUCAGAAAUCAAUAUUUUGUGCAUGCAUCUUGGCAUGUUCUCCUCCACCAGUCUUACACACUGCUUUUGGAUAACUUUCUGCCACUCCAGAUAAAUGCUCUAAAUGACAAAUAUUUGAUAUGGAAUUUGGGAGAAAUGUUGUCCUUAGUUUAUUGAAUUAAACAGCAAUGUUACUCGUUAUUUCACUCAAACAUAUACCUAUAAAUAGCAAAAUCAGAGAAACUGAUUCAGAAACUGAAGUGGACUGUUAAUGUAGGCUAUAGAUAUAGGUAUAGAUUUGAUGCAGAAGCAUAAAUUGACCUUAUGGCCUUUUAAACAACGUUCUCUUCAGUUCCAGCUUUGAAGAUUCACCCAGAUGAUAACAUGUCAAUCUGGGGAUGUAUGGGUAGCCCACCCAUUCAGGUUGAAUGUUGGCCCAACCUACCGAUGCCCACCAGGGUCAGUGAUGGGAGCAGGAACUGUGUAAAACAUGGGCCCCAUCUGGGUUGUAGAUAGUGGGACCCAUGUAAGACUAAGGUGGGAAGCCCAACUAGAAUGGAGGCCAGUAUCAACACAUGUACGAGCCCACUCAAAGCCCGUAUGCUCAUCUGGAACCCACCUGAAACCCAGCUAGCCCACAUUCCACCCAUGUGAGCCCCACAUGAGCAUGUUUUCUGGGACAGGACUGCAUACUGUAACAUAGCCUCACUCUCACCAGCUAAGGUUGAACAGUAACAGUAAUUUUCAAACACAUUCAGUCAGCAGGUGAAUGAUUACUAGAAGUAGUAACAGAGUGUUUAACAGAGGUGGACCUACUUAACAGAGGCAAACAUAUGCAGUCCUGUGUGUUCCCAGGCAUCUGGGUCAGUGUGGGUCACUGCCUUUGCGGACGUUAGAUCUGCAGUUUACUGGUGCGUUUCGACCAAAUCUACUGGAGACAAAUCCCCAGGUUUAUUUUGUUUUUGAAAGUUUAUGAAUAUUUUUUAUACAUGGUUUUGAACAGAAUUAGUGUCUACUCGGUCCAAGGAUUAUUUGUAUUUUUCUGUGCUAUCUGUAUAAUCCACAAGUGGAUUGCUCAUUAUCUGUUGGCAGCAAAAAUGUUUUUAACUGCAGCUUCAAAACUUUUCAGGCACGUUUCUGAAAAAGGAGGAAAUAAUAACAUGGCAAAACAUCUGCAUAUUCAUACAGCAUUUAUAAAGCUACACAGCAUCUACAUAAUCCUUUCAAGAAAACUGACAUAAAUUAACAUUUUAGCUUAUUUAACAACACUCUUAUCAAUAAAUGUGCUUCUGGUGGUUCUUUGACUACUGGCACAUUAUAAGCAUCAAUAAUCACUUCCAAUUUUAUAUCUUAGAUCAGAUCUUCGAUCAGAUUUGCCAGAUUAUGACCGUUUACAUUAAGAAAUAUAAGUGAUUUAUAUCUGUUUAUGUCUGUGCUGUGAAUGAAAUCUGGCCCAAAAAUGACAUGUAUUCCCUGUACACAUGCACUUAAAUGCUUUAUAAUGAACAGAUUUGAUGAUGAACAGAGGCACUUGCAGCUUUUUUUCUUAUUAUUGAUAUUCUGGUUUUUGCACCUCAUCCUGAUGUCAAAAAAACGUUUUGCGACAUAUGGGCUUUUUUAAUGCAAAAAAGCACCCAGUAGUGCUUUGGGUGCCCCGAUAAAUAUUGGGGGAAAAAUGUUAAAUUUAAACAAGGAGCUAGCAAUUGAAAAAUUCACUUUAGAAUAAAAGUGUUUUAGUGUUUGACAGCUUUUUGUUAUAAUUUUAGCACAUCAGGAAACCAGUAUGCUUAUAAAUGCAAAAAGUAUGGUCACAAGUCUAAAUCUAAAUUGUUUCUAAAUUUCCUUUUUAGCUAUUGGCUAAUUUGUUGUCAGCAUUGCUGUGUGACCAGCAGACUGUGCACCAGUAUUCAGGGUGCUUAGGAAAGAUUUACUGAACAGCAAAGUAGGAUUAGUUUAUUUUUACCUAAAAAUCCAAUUCUGCAUUUAGCUCCCAAGAACCAAAAUAACCAUUUGAAGCCUGAAUUUAGAAUUAAAAUUGACUAAAGCAGCCUUUUCUAGGGCUCUAUGUUUUCUGCUUUAUAGAAAACAUGGAUUAAAGUUAAUCCUAAUGGGGAAAAAAAGAAAAUGAGAGGGAAAAAUGUUUUUUUGUGAGGAAAAAAACACAUAUGGUGUAUUUGUCAUUCAUCAUGAAUUAUACUAAUUAUAAUAAGUAACUGUAUUGUAGCUUUAUGAAUGCUGUACUUGCAUUACUUUCAUUGCCAGUUCAGAUUGGAUGAUUGUUUCACCACCUUUUUCUUCUUCAUGUCCACACCAACAGUGAAAUAGUGAAGGUAAAAGCUCAAAGCCCUUGAAGCCGAACUCGGUGUCCUCUGUGUGAGAGGAGAAGCACAGUUGAUGGCCUAUAAAGUGGACCCUCCAAUCUCAGAGGGCCUCGAGGGCAGACGCUGUAGUGCCUGUGUGGUCCCCGUUUUACUCUAGUGGCUUGCUUUAGUCAUACAAACUCAGCAAUCAGAGAAGAAAAUGAUAGGCUUACGUAUAAAACAGCUUGACGCUGAAAAAGAUCACUUAGGACCAACAAACUCUCUCUUACACACAUCUCAUCUUUCUCUUCUGUUGCGUGUCGCUCUGUUCUGUUUCGGUCAUGUCGUAUUGAGCUUCAGUGGUCCUGAGCAGUUUGUAAGUAUUUUUUUUGGUGAAUUUCUUUGUAUAAAAAAAAGAAAAUAAAAUGAAAUCUUGUUCACA